AUGUCUGCUCCGCUUCCCAAUCCACCUUUUGUCUUUCCAGCCCGGGACCCCGGCGAUGCGGCGCCUCCGUCUUCGGAGACCCGUACCAGGACCGCCCUACCCCUUCCGGCUUUUUCCUUCAACCCGGGCGCUCAGCAUUCAGCGCAACCGUCGAUGCCGACCCUCUCCCCCAACAGACCGGCCGGGCACCGCCGACGAUGUAGUGAGCUGGUUGGUGGAGAACGUCCGAUCAUACCCCCGGGAACUAUGGAGGCAAUCCAAAGCAAUGAUGAAAACCCAACGCCAGCACCGACCAAACUUCCCGCGCCGGGGCCUGGCUUUGGUGCAGGUGGACGCCGUCAUGCCCACCGACGCUCUGCCGCCAUCUCCAGCGUGGAUCUUACGGCCAUCUCGAAUGCUUUGGACCUGAAACCUUCCAUUGGCAGCGCUCCGUGUUUCCCGGCAGACACUAUGCGUGAGCACCGUGCUUCUGAGGAGCCCCCUAGGCCCGUCUCUCAAUCAGCAGCCAUCUUGACUCGGCAAUCUCCUCCAGUGUCGCCCCGGAUCGUAAUCGAGGAAGAUCAUUCAGAGCAAGCCCAACCGGAAACUCCAAGCAAUGGCACCGCGCCUGGACGUCAAUCUAGCGAAACUUUAAAGAGUGAAACUGGAGUUGCGGCCGCAUCACAGCCUGAAGCUUCCGCUAGAAAUAGCGGCUAUACCUGUUUUUCUCCCGUCGACAACGUGCCCCCCAAGGCCGAGCAGUCGAGGCCUAGACCUCGGACCGCGGAUGCGUCAUUCAUGCUGGAUCCGAGCAGGACCGCCAAAGCGGAUGGCGACUCGCCCACGAAACGGCCAUUGUCUGCGGCAGGACAUUCCCGGAAUCGCAAAAGCUUGUCUGCGGGGAUUCUCGACCACUUCGCAAGUUCAUCUCGACGGUCAUCUUCCUCAUCCAGCGGCUCGGAAAACAGCUCGGGGACCUCGGUGAGCGAGGCCACUGACCCGUUGGAAUCUCCAUCAAGCAAGAAGAGGUCGAAAGCCAAGAAGCGACAGAAGAAGGUACGGUCUUGGGCGGGCGCACUCUUGAUAAGGGGCAAAGGUAAACGGCAUUCAAAGAAGGAUAGGGCAGAAACAAAAGCUGCGAUUCCUCCUGUUUUGACGAGGACAAAUUCAGACCUUGGCUCGGGAUUGGACGUUGACUUUGAUGAUGACAAUAUUGUCGUUUUGAGAACACCGACUAAUCCGGGUACCCCGGAGUCCAGUCGUCUUCCCGCAGAGGACACGCCACCUAGCCUGGAAACCUCCUGGAAGCCAAGGAGCUUCUACGAACAGACUGCUCAAAAUGAUGUCCUUAGCCCAGUGAUUGAUCUGGAUGCAGCUCUGGGUCCUUUCAAUACCCCUGAGAUGCGCUCCGGUCGUCUUGCAGAGAGCGGCUUCUCGGCCGCGACCAAGCGGAUGUAUAGUGGUGGACGACGAGGUGAAUUCAUUGGCCCAGAAAUGCGCUAUCAUCGCCGUGCAGAGAGCGCCCCUGAGAUGCCUCCAUUCGAUCGUAGCGGCCUUGGGAAUAACCGGUUUGCCACGAGCUCAACCCUGGAGAACCCGGAUGUUCUGUACGAAGAGGAGGAGGAUGCCUUCCUGGCCGCCACGGGCGAGUCCCAGCCAGAACCUGUUGAGCGCCCACAAACACAGGUGACCAUGUCCAGCACGACUGAUGCAGAUAGUCAAUCGGAAGAUAGCAAAGAUAGCUCCGAGACACUCACACACCAGUCGCUUGCUCGUGAAACCAGCGAAGGCGGGUUGCCUCACGCUGGUCUCGGCAUACAGAAAGACGAAUCGAACGAUGCUCCCGAGUCCACUACCUGCGUGGAUCGGGAGGCGCGCAACUCUGCUGAACAGCAGACCUCGCUGGCUCAGUUUCACCAUGCGACCAACCCUUUCUCUGCGCCAUUGCAGAGCGCGGCAGAGGUCGUCAAACCAGAGGAGUGGCGACCCAGGCCUUCGAGUCCUGAUUAUUCGCCUGGGUUCAUGCCUGCUGACCACCGAGGUGUCACCUCGUUGGAACUGACCUCAAAUAUCCCUCCGUUGUCUCUGCAAGGCAAUAGCUCCCUCCCAAAUUCUUCUUUCCCAUCUCCCGACUUCACCUUGUCCUCGUCCGAUGUUCCUCGCUCGAUCACGACGUCGUCCACCAAUGACCGCAAUUUCUCAAACCCCUCCUACAAUCCGUCGGUGGAUCUUCCUCAGGGGUCGGUUGAGGAUGUACCCUCCCUGACCAGCAGUGCGUCAACGACGACGAACACAUUAGGCCGGAUCUCCGGCACCUUCUUCAGCCGUCCUCGGUUGUCCACCGAUCGCUCGGCAUCAUUUUCCGCGGCUGUCCGUCGUCGUACCAGCCAGGCCAACAGCUCCAAGCGAUCCAGUCUAGCGAGUCUCUCGAAGCUGAUGGUGGGACCCCACGCCGAACGGAGCAAGCUCAGCUAUGAAGAGAAGCCGCCGGAAGACGAGCCUGAGCGAGCCAAGAAGAAGGGCCUUCGCAUUAGUCGUCUGAUGCACUUUUGGAGGGCCAAAGAUAAGGACAAAUCCUAUCAUGAGCCUGGUGUUCGGGACCAGCGGCCCUCAUGA